UUAAUAUUUUGCCCAAACAAAAAGUAAAAAUAAAAAUAAUUGUCAGGCACACACGUUGCGUUAUCCGUGUUCCUCUCUUCUUCCUCGACGUUGCGGCACUGAUCAACUCUCAUAAACUUCUAAGCUACGAAUUCAGAGUCACAAGUUUCAGAAUUGAAACAUAAAACGCCCUAAUAAUCGAAGUUCCAAAGCCACAACAAUAUCCAAAAUGCAAGUUUCAGGUUCAAUCAGCGACGUUUUGGUGGUGCUUCCAUCUUCCGCGUCGUUCCGGCAACCGGAUUUCCGCCAUUUGCACGCUUUUUCUGUUUCUGACGCCAAGAAUUUUCUUUCCGCUGGUUUUCUUAAAAGCUGUCCUCCAUCUUACAAUGCUAAACACUACAAUGAACCCUACAAUUUCCGAGCUAGAGGGUUAGUUGUGAGAGCGUCUACAGAUUCAAGUGAUAAUUCUGUGCCUUCUCCUCCUCUCCAAUUUGAGACACCAGUUGGUCAGCUAUUGGAACAAAUUUUGCAAACCCAUCCUCAUUUAGUUUCAGCAACCAUUGAUCAACAGCUAGAGAAACUUCUGACUGAAAGAGAUGCCCACAAAGAAGAAUCUUCUGCUUCAUACGAGAAUUCCCUUUAUAAGAGGAUAGCUGAAAUUAAAGAGAAAGAAAAACGUACAACACUAGAAGAGAUAAUGUACUGUUCAAUCGUUAACAAAUUUAAAGAAAACAAAAUUUCAAUGAUCCCAAAAAUAGCAGCAACCUCGGAUCCUAAUGAUCGAGUGGAUUUAUGGCCAAAUCAAGAGCUGAAGCUAGAAGCUGUUCAUUCUUCAGAGGCAUUUGAGAUGAUACAGAGUCACUUAUCUUUGGUUCUAGGAGAAAGGGUUGUGGGUCCUCUCCAGACAAUAGUUCAGAUUAGCAAAAUCAAACUGGGAAAGUUGUAUGCUGCUUCAAUAAUGUAUGGAUACUUUCUCAAACGGGUUGAUGACCGAUUUCAACUUGAGAGGAGGACGGGGAUACUUCCACAGGAUUUUGGUAAAGAAAAUAUAAGUUUUGAUGAACCAUCACCACCAAACAAGCUCUGGGAUUCUGAUUCCUUGAUUAGGAUCUAUCCUGACGAGGAAGGUUAUUAUGAAAUGGAUAACAUGGCCACUGGUGAAGGCAGAUCAUUCAGACUGAGAACUUAUGUGAUGCAGUUGGACGCAGAGACACUUCAGAGACUUGCUACCGUACGCUCCAAGGAAGCUAUAUCAUUGAUUGAAAAGCAAACUCAGGCUCUGUUUGGAAGGCCUGAUAUCCGUGUCUCUAAGGAUGGUUCUAUUGAAACUAGCAAUGACGAAGUUCUUUCACUUACCUUCUCGGGCUUGACUAUGCUUGUCUUGGAAGCUGUUGCUUUUGGAUCGUUCCUAUGGGUCCAAGAAAACUACGUUGAUAUCAAGUAUCCUUUUCUUGUUAAAUAGAAGAUUGUAUCCGUUGGAUUCUUUUUAAUGUUUGUUUUAGAUUGUAAAGAAUGUAAAUGUAAUCCAUGGAGCUUUACGCCAAAGAAUUGAUUGCAAUCCUAAACAUAACUAAUUUCGCAAUAUUUCAAAACUUAGAAAUACCACGAAGAUGAGAAAAAAGAAUCUUGUUGUUUUGUAAAUAAUAUAGAAUGUAAGAAGCAUAGACUUUAUAAAUAAUAGACUUUGGUUGACUUCCUUCUGGAGUCUGCGUGCUUA